CAUCAGUAUCCUGAGAUCAGCAUAAUCAGAGUCGAAGAUUAUUGCAAUACAUUUUAGUAUUCAAAUAUUGAGAAAGCAAUUGCUAUAUAUUGACACAGACAUUACAUAUACGAUAAUGAUAUAUGCCAAAGUAACGAUGUGUGAGCCAAAGGAGAAAUCGUGUUCGGAAUUAAUGAUCGAGGAAUUGCCAAAAGCGCGUUUCUGGGAAGCUGUGGACAUCGUCCGCUGGGAAGGCUUCUGGUUCCGAGCUGCAUCUGUCAAACCGGCCAUGACCUUCCGGUCCAGCUUCACCGCCCGAAACGACGACGUUCUGCUCGCCUCCUCCAUGAAAACCGGCACCACCUGGCUCAAGUCCCUCGCCCUCUCCUGCAAUCGCCGCAACGGCGGCGCCGAUGACCCCCUCGCCACCGAGAAUCCACAUUUCCUCGUCCCCACCGUCGAGGUUGAGCAGUUCAUCAAAAAGCCCUGCAAAAUCGACGUCUACGAUGCGUCGGCGCCGCGAUUGCUUCACACGCACCUCCCCUACUCUCUCCUCCCCGAUUCGAUCAAGAGCUCGUCGUCUUCAUCAAAAAUUGUGUACAUUGUUCGGAACCCUAAGGACACCCUAAUCUCCAUGUGGCAUUUCUGGAGCUCCAAUUUGAGACCACUCCCUCUUGAAAAGGCCGUCGAUUCCUUCUGCUCCGGUGUCCAUAUUUUCGGGUCCUUCUUUGACCACGUGGCGGAGUAUUGGAUCGAGAGCCGGAAACGGCCAGAGAAGAUCCUGUUUCUGAAGUACGAGGAGCUGAAGAACAAUCCGAAAGCGGAGGUCAUGAAAAUGGCGGAGUUUAUGGGGAAGGCGUUGGGGAGUGAGGAUGAGGUAGAGAAGAUUCUGUGGAGAUGCAGUUUGGAGAGAUUAAGCAAUCUCGAGGUGAAUAAAACAGGAGAACGAGCUCUCUGGCACUUGUCCAACAGCAGUUUCUUCAGGAAAGGAAAAGUGGGAGAUUGGAAGAACUACUUGACGCCGGAGAUGGUGGAGAAGAUCGAUCAACUGUCACGUGAUAAGCAUGAGACCAUUGGUCUAUUUCUCUAAUUCCUUGCGUUCCCGUACUUUUUUUUUUUUUUUUUACCUAAUAAACCGCCACCACUACCAGAAAGUGCGCACUGGGUAAACCCUCGAUUGAAUUUAAUAUUCUACUAAUUAGGCCCGACAAAGCAAAUCGCACUAGAUGAAUCAUGUGUGACAGAUGGAUCUGAGAUGUCAGGAUUUGAAAAUUUGAACGGUAUUAUAUGAAAAAAAUUAGCUGGUUGUAAAUCAGCCCUGUAACAAACGUCAUAUUUAUAACAUACUAUAUAGUGUUAUGUGUUAUAUAUUUUGAUAAGCAUGAGACCAUCUAUUUCUCUAAUUCCUUGCGU